GUCUCGUUCACCGUAUGAGUCAGGGAUGUUUGUGUUCUCUCCAGUGAUGGCUAAAGGAACAUGUCCGAAAAUAAGAUGAGUUUAGGAGCUUUUUAAACAGGAAACCCUCGAGGUCUUGAGCGAUGUCGGAGUUCUUUUCCUCGGAGGACGAGGCUGAGCUCCAGUCCCUGCUCAGACAGCUUCUGAAAAGCGUGCGAGAGAGAAUCUCGGUCGCACCGUCGGUGGAAAGCGCCGAAGAGAUCCUGCUACACCUGGAGAAGACAGACAAGAACUUCCACAACUAUGAGUUUGUUAAGUAUCUGCGACAGUACGUGGAGAGCAGCCUCGGGGCCGUUAUUGAAGAGGAAACGGAAAGCUGUUCAAGGGGAGACGGCCAGAGCGCCGGGUCCGGGCAGGACACACUGGUCCACGCUGUGACUAGAAGAACAAGGGAAUCUGCGCAAUAUAAGCAGAUGAUGCAGACCUUAAAGCAGACCAUGACGGUGAUUGUGGAGUCGCUGUUAAACAAAUUCGAGGAGGAUCAGCUCAAGAACGAAGAGACGCACAGUACAAACCAGCGCGAACAGUCGAGCAGCCACUACACAGACAACUGCUCCGACAGCGACUCCUCAUUUAAUCAGAGCUAUGGCUUUAUCAAACAGGAGCAGCUCCAGGUCAUUUCUGAGAAACUCGAUCCGAGCAGGCCAAGAGAGGUCCGCUGGGAAGCCUUGCAGCUGCUGUGCUGUGCCCCUCCUUCUGAUGUACUGAGCUGUGAGAGCUGGACAGGCCUACGUCGAAACCUCUCAGCGGCCCUCGCUGACCCAGAUCCUGACCUCAGUGAUAAAGUGUUACGUUUCUUCGCGAAAACCUUUUCUACCUCGCCUCUGAAUGUGACGAGGGAAAUCUACACCAGCCUGGUGAAAAGUCUAGAGAGCGAAUUCCUGUAUCACAAGCUGACUUUCCCCACUGAGUCAGCACUCAUGAACGUUAACAGGCCAGACAUCAGUCGUCUCCUCAAGCAAAUGCGCUUAAUGAAUGACUUUCAGAAAGAAGUGACCACAUUUUGGAUCCGGCAUCCUGAGAAGUACAUGGAGGAAAUUAUAGAGAGCACACUCACUCUUCUCUCUCUACAUUCUGAACAUGGCGUGUCAGAGAAAGUGCUAGAGCCGGUCCACUUCCUGUCUCUGUUGGAUAUAAAAGCGAAUUGGUUCAAGAGGUGGAUGCAUGGCUACUACAGCAGGACGGUGGUCUUGAAGCUUCUUGAGCGGAAAUACAAGCCAGUGAUUGCCGCCGCACUUCAGCAGUGCAUUUAUUACUUGGAAUGCUGUGAUGCCGUCAGAGAGGGAACCUUGGAGAUCACACAUGCUAUGGAGCACCAACAGAUUGGCUCUGCUCAGAGAAGUUGUUACAGCGCUAAGGAGCUGGAGUACGCUCACUUCGUUCACUCACUCUGUGUGCUCGGGCGGCUUCUGAUGUACACCAAUGGGAGGAAGCUUUUCCCCAUUAAAGUGAGGAAGAGGAGAGACCCGGUGACUCUGAGUGACUUGGUGGUGAUACUAAUCAACAUCAUGUAUCAGCACCCAAACACACAUCACUCCGAUUUGAAUCAUGCAGACUCGCUCUCCCCUACAACUCUGGUGAUGGAGGUCCUGAAGACCCUGUGUGAACGCACCGAGUGUGCUGUGGAGUGUAUCUACCAGAUCCCUGUCGUUGAGACCUUGCUAGUCCCCAUCCUCACUCUGCUCAAAGGAAAACAGGCCAAAUUACACUCUCCAGAAAGCAGCCUGACCCACAUUGCAGACACUCUUGCGAGAAUUGCCACCACCGAACGCGGCUUAGCGCUUUUCCUGUACGAGAGAAAGAUUGUCUCUGCUGAGGGUGAAGGCAUUUCGGCAGCGCACGUGAUCGUGCAGUUCACUCAGGCGCUACUGGCUAAAGAGCUACGUGCGUGUGAGGAGCUGCAGAACUCGGCCACCGUGAAAGGGGCCUUCAUUUUCGUCUGCCGUCAGAUGUACAACACGUGCGAGGGGCUGCAGGUGCUGAGACCCUACAGCCUGCAUGAAUGCAUAGCACAGGCAUGGAGAAAGGCGAGUUCACUUUCAGAACGAAUUCCCACUCCUGUUCCUGGAGCUCUUGCGCCAUCGUCCUCCCAGGACCUUCAAAGCAUAGUGGCUUGGGAGGAGAUGCUCCUGGAUAACUUGCUGAACUUUGCAGCCACUCCAAAAGGUCUGAUGCUCCUUCAGCAAACCGGAGCCACUCCUGAGUGUGUCGCCUACAUGUUCACCCGGUUCACCAAAAAGCUCCAGGUGAGCAGGUGUGAAAAGUUUGGCUAUGGGGUUAUGGUAACCCAGGUUGCAGCUACAGCCCCGGGCAUUGUUGCUCUUCGCAGCUCUGGUUUUAUCCAGGCCAUAGUGGUGGAGUUGUGGUCAGUGCUCGAGUGUGGCAGAGAGGACGUGAGAGUCUUCCAUCCCAAACCAAUCCCAAUGGAGCCUAUCGACACGAGCUGCCUUAAAUCUUUCUUAACACUGGUGAACCUGCUGUCUUCUCAACAUGCUGUGUUGGAGCUCCUGGGACAUCAGGCGCUGCCCAACAAGACGGAGUACAGCCUGAGAGAAAUGCCCACCUCCAUUAUUGACGUGAUGGACCGCCUCGUCAUUAUCAACUCAGAUGCCAAAAUCCACUCCCUAUUCAACUACGAACAGUCACACACAUUUGGCCUUAGACUUCUGAGUGCAGUGUGCUGUAACCUGGACUCCCUCCUGCUCCUGGAGUCUCAGUAUAAACUUUCAGACGUCCUUAUUCAAAGUCAGAAGGACAACGUUAUUGAAUCUUCACCUGGCCAGGAUGAGUUUAUCGUUGAUGGCCUGUCUGUUGAGAGAAACCACCUCUUGGUUCGGAUGAAUGUGAUCGGCGGCCCGACUGAAAGGAGUCUUCCUCCGAGAGCGCUAGAGAAGGGAAACGAUCCAUACCCAUGGCUGCUCUUCUCAUCUUACCCUGUGCCCUCGUGUUAUACCCUCGAAAUGCCAAAGGCCUCCUGGACAAAGCAAGACUCUGAGGUCAGCGCUUUCCUGACUUCCUCUAAAAAUGGAGAGAGAGAUGAAAACUGGAUGGACAGCUGCAGGAGACACUUGUGCAAGGCCCUUAUCACUAAAUCCAGCGUCCUUACAGGAAGCGUGUUAGCUGAUCUUUUGGACAGGGCAGUGCUGCACCUCUCAUCAUCUCCACCUCACUGCUUCUUCCCACCUGCAGAAUACAAAGUUUUGGAUCACGACAUAAAGGCGCGCAGUCUGACGCCCGUGGAACAGCUGGGCAUCAGCCUGACUCUCAGGUAUGGCUCACUGCUGAAGUUAGUGAGAGAGGAUUCAGAGCAGGAUCUCUGUCUUCUUAUCAAACACUGUCAGGAGUUUCUGUCUCAUCAGCGCAUCACAAUCCAGUCUGAUCUCUGUUAUCUUAAGGGCGAUUACCCUGGUUACGACUGGCUGUCGUCUACUAUUUUUCUUCUGAUGGGUGGCGACGUGGGCCGCACUCUCAACCUGCUGCUGCGUUUCUCACGACUACUGACUUCAGCCUUCCUGUGGCCGUCACGAAUCUACAGAUCUGUGCACAUGCCAGAAGAGAUGGCUCAGUCAGGCGUCCCACCUCUCUACUCCUGCACCGCUCACUACGUAGAGAUGCUGCUAAAAUCCGAGGUGCCUCUGGUCUUCUCUGCAUUUAGGAUGUCCGGCUUCACUCCCUCACAGAUGUGUAUGCAUUGGCUGACUCAGUGUUUCUGGAACUACUUGGACUGGCCUGAGAUCUGCCACUACGUGACCACGUGCAUCAUCAUGGGCGUCGAUUACCAAGUGUACAUGUGCAUUGCCGUGCUGAAGCACCUACAGCAGGACAUUCUGCAGCACACACAAACCCAGGAUCUGCAGCUCUUCCUCAAGGAGGAUCCCAUCGAGGGCUUCAGAGUGGGCGAUUACCUGGAGUACAUGGAGAGCCUGGAGCGCCGAUACAGGUCCAUGGUGCUCAUAGACAUGAGGAACAGUUUACUAAAGAGCGCAUAGUAUUCAAAGAACCUUGAUUAGUUUGAAAUGUCAGAUGGGAGGAAUUAACGCUACCUUUCUGAAACAGUCUCUAAGCCGAAUCGUGGGGAGUUUGUGUAUGCAACUGGAUGCAGCUUGUUAGGGUUACUGUAGUUUAGUUUAGAGUUUACUUUUGUGUUCUUUUCAUGAGAAAGGGCAUGCUCAUUUACACAGAUGAAAAAUUUUUUUACGCGCCAUGCCGAUGCAAAGAGUUUUUUUUUUUUUCCCCUCCUAAUGAGUUUGUGUGCUCUCUGUGUGCUUUUUGUGGUCAUUUUAAGGGGGCUUAUGUACACAGGCUUUUACAGGUUCUGAACUUUAAAAAAAAAAAAAAAAAAAAAAAACGUGUUUUUUUUUUUUAGAAACAUACACUCUCUGGCUAAACUUUUUAACACACUCUGAAAAAGUCACACACACUGUUAUUUCAUUGGCUCGGCUUCAGCUUUGGUUACAGCGCCCAUUUGCUAUGGCAUUAUUUCAACAAAUUUAUGCAGUGUCGCAACAUUUACUUCCAACCACAGCUGAAUUUGUUUACAGCCAAGAUCUUGUGGCUGAUAGAGCAUGAGUCUGUAAAGCCUUCUCCAGCACAUCCCAAAGCCUCUGGAAUAGGGUCAAUCCGGACUCAUUAGCCAACAUGACCUUUACCCUUACUCCAAAAUCCAGUCUUUAUGCUUCCUAGCAUCAUUUUUACUCUGAUUAGUCUCUCUAACAAGUGGGUUCCUCCCACAGUUGUUAAGUCCCAAUCCUGUAUGUUCUCAACUGCAUGCUGCAUUUCUACCAUGAAGUUAAUGGUUGAGCACUAUCCUUCCAGGUUUUAAUAAUGCAUUGGACCAAUUCCAGUCAUUUCAGCAAUCUCCUUAAUUGUUUUCUUUGCUUGAUGCAGGUCAGUAAUUUGACCCGUUUGAAAAACAAGAACAUGUUUUUUUUUGUCUGUUUAAUGUCUGUUCAAGAAAUAAGAAAGCACUUACUAAAUUCGUUAGGGUUAAAGGUAUUGUUACCAGCUAAAACAAUGAUCACUGCAAUAAUUAUUAAGUUAAUGGCUUUUUUAAAUUGGGCUUUCUUUAAUAUUUUUUUUUUGGCCAGGCAGUGUAUUUUCUCUAUUUUAUUUCUGUGAAACUUGAAAUUGGACAGUGAGUUCCAUCGCUCUGUAGGGGUUAAAGUCACCUCCAGAAUCUGGCACUCUGUACUCGCUGUGCCUAACGAGACGCCUGGGCUUGUGUGAUGCACUGCUGAGUAUCAGAGGUACUGUAGGUGAUUCAGUCUCAUAUUGGGUGCGAAUUCCAACCUCUGUCACUAGGUUCCUUUAAUUUUAGCGUAAAGCCAAAUUUGAACCAAAAGCAACUCUUGUGUUGGGGCAUAGAGCACAUGUCCACAUCUGUACUGUAGAUAUAUAACCAUGCAUUACUGCUAUAUAUGAUCACACACAGGUUUUUAACCCAGAGGGAUUUUUACUUUAAUGCUUUAUUUACAAAGCUUGGAUUGAGGGCAGAGCAUGCUGCAGUGGGUUACAGACUGACUGAAAUAUCACUGUUUAAAUUAUGAGUAUACACUACUAAAUAUAUAAUAAACCUUGACCAUAUCAUCCAAAAAUCUCUCCUGGCUAAUAAUUGUCUUGUUUUUAUUUAAUUAGCAUGCUUAGUCUAGCUUAAUAUAUACAGUAAGAAGCCAUGGGUUUCUGCGCGGUCAGCAGCAGGAAUAACCACCGUCGUCAGGACAAAUCUAUUCAGUCAUAAAAUUCUGUAUAUAAUUUACACAAACCGAUGGUGCAAACACAUAAACUAAUAAUCAUUAAUUCUUAGUUAAAUGUUUUUUUUGUUUUAUAGAAAUCACUCUAUCCUUCUUUAUUAUACAUCAGUUACAUCAUACAGUAUAUCAUACUGUAUGCUGCACUUCUCUAAAACAUUUGCAACAGGUUGUUUGCAAUCACAUGACCAUUAUGAUGCUCAACAUCACUCUGGAGUGAAAAUCUGAUCUGAUUUCUGCACUAGUUUAGACGAUACUUCCAGAGAAUGGUAUAAACAGAUCACCAAAUUUUUCAAAUGACGUCUGUUCGUGUCUG